AAAUAACCAUGGAGUCUGUCAACACUUUAAAACGAAUGGCAGAUAUUGAUUUUAACAAGCCCGUAGAAGUAGAAGUAACAAUAAUUAAUGAUGAAGAGAUUGAAUUUGUUUCUAACUGGGUCACAGAUUAUAAAAUAGACAAUAUAUCAAAUAAUUUUCCCAUUGAGGAUAACGCUGUUCGCACAAAGGGCAAUUAUGCACGUGAAAGAAAUCCAUUCCCAAGAGAAGAAUGCAUAUCGUUUGACAGAAAUAAAGAUAUAGCGUGGACAAAUAAAAGUUUAUCAAAUUAUAUUAAUCAACAUUGUGAAUUGACAAACAACAUUCAACUGCGCGAUAUGGUCGACUCGGUCUCGAGUAAUUUAAUUAAAAUGAUAAAAAAAUUAAAUCAGUGGUACCAACAAAAAAUUUAUGAAGACUAUCCUAAGAACAUUACAAACUCACAAUAUACGAAUAUAAAAUUUUACUAUUUCAAUUUGUCGUAUAACGCUGUAACAAACAUUAUCCUACCUCUAAGUAAAACAGAAAACUUUAAUGAGUCGUUCAUUGAGCGCACAUUUGAAAUUGCUAAAGCAAACAAAAUUAGCACCCACCUUAAGCAAAUAGAAGAAUUGUACUACGAAAUGUUAGAGUGGAUUAAACGCAUAAAUCUUAGUGAAUUCACUUUGAAUCAAAAUAAUCCUUCAUUCAGCAAAUCUGAUUUCACAAAUAAACAAAGAGCUAUAAAUACGGAAAUCAUAAUGAAUCAAGAUACAAGUAACCAACAUUACCGUAACUCUCCUGUACAUUACGAUGCGCAAUCUAAACAAAACGAAAAUAAUCAAAGUAAAUUAUUAAGUUCAUUCAAUAAUUACAAUGCUGUUCAUCACGAUCAACAUUCUUUUCAUACAAAUAAUCCGCAAAGGUCACGAUCUUGUAAUAACAAUGAAGCAACAGAUCCUAUGUACAUCCAACUUCUAAAUGAACAGCGAGCCAAAGCAGAACCUCAGAAUUUUCAAACUGGUUCAGGUCAUCCAACACUAACACAUUCUGCGUCAUCGGGAAACGGUGAUAUUAUAACUAUUUGGGACACUUCCGAUGACUCGGGUGAACAACAGAAUAAAAACGUCCAACCAACUAUAUCUAUAAGUUUUGCAACGUCUACAAGUCCUGGUGUAUCAUUGAUCACAGAAGGGUUCUGUAAAGUAUGUUUAAAGAACACAAGGCUAAAAUGUUUCAAUUGUUACGGACCUUAUUACUGUGGUACAAGCUGUCAGGCCUAUGAUUGGCAAAUACAUCAGAAAAAUUGCCAGUCACCGAGACACAGUUGAACAAGGAAGAAAUCAGCACAACGGUCACGUAAAGCGUUAAUCAAAGAAAUUGAAACAUUAAUUUUAAUAUUGUUUUUUUUCUACAUUGACGAGUCCUAUUAUUAAAACAAUGAUUUAAUAUGGAA